UUUUUUUGGUUUCUUUGGUAUUUUCUUUACGGUAUGGCAUUUACUUUUCUUUUUUAAAUACAUGGUGAAUUUUUAUACAGGGUGAACAAUUCUUUCAUAUACGAUGGACAUUUUUUGAAUACAAAUAACAUAUAUUGAACAUCUUUUAAUACACUCUAUUUUUUUGAAUAGACACUAAUUUUUUUUGUAAUAUAUGUUGGACAGUUUUUUAAGUAUACACUAACAUUUUUCUAAUAUACAGUAAAUUUUAUAAUACAAUGAACAUAUGUGUAUACGCUGGAAAUUUUUUACAAAUCCGGAUUUUAAAAGUAGAAAGAUGUUUAUUUUUUCGAAAGUUUUUGAAUUCAUGACUGUUUUUAUGAUUGUGAUUUAAAAAAAUUAGAAUAAAUUUCAAAAGAAAAAAAUAAAAGAAAGAAGGAGGAGGAGGAGGGUUUUCCCUGUUUGACGCCGGUGGGCGUUCAACAAGAGGUCUCAUACGCUGUGGAGAGUUGAUGAACACGCCCGAAGAGGAGCAGGGGGUGAGAAUCAGAGAAGUCGCCGCAGGGGAGAGUCAAGGCGAUCAGGCGAGAUUUACCACAGCCGCCGGUGGGGAGCAGGAAGGGAGGAUCCGGGAGCGGCAUGGAUGACUUCUACGUCACCAUCCCUUACGGCCUGGUAGUACUCGGCGGCGGCGUCGCUGGCUACGUCAAGCGGGGGAGCGUGGCUUCGUUGGCCGCUGCAGCAGGAUUCGGAGGCGCGCCCCUCCUCGCCGGCGCUCUCAGCAUCUGGGCCUUCACGGGUGGCCACUCUAGCUCCCUCUUCGCCACCGUCCUGCACACCGGUUAUCUUCAGAGCCACUGCAUUGAUCCGUAUGUGGUCCCUACUCACUCCGACGGAGGCCGGGGAGCGUUUGGUUACUGGGUCUACCCAAUGGGAGAUGGUAGCACGGGAUAUUUUCAACCGGUUUGGAUGGCGGUCAUGUAAUAGGAUAAGCAUGUAGUGCUCAUACCUUUUUAUGCCAGCCGGUUGUGGCUUUUCUAUUAUUGCUUAGCUCUUCGUGAGCCUUUUUUGUAUUUCUUUUCGAGACUUGGAGUCUUUUGUUGGACCUUUUGCUUAUUAAUAAUAUUGGCCGUAUGCAUCGUUCAGAUGCAGAGGCUGGGGCGAACCCCCCUUUUCGAAAAAAAACAGACGACAGGGACUAGGGGUGGUAGAAUUCUUUAAGCUGGACUUCCUCUAAUCUACAUCAACAACUAAAAUGCUUAGAUUAUCCACCAAUAUGUUCGCAAUGUAUUGGACCCAAUUUGUCACCAAUGUGUUCGGUUUGCCAAUCAUCGGACAAUGAAGAAUUCAAGCCUCAGAUAACCCCCUUUAUUUUAUAUAUCUUGUCAUAUGCUUGUAGUUGUGGUUCUCUUCAGUGUUUGGGUGUUAUUUUUCUCUCAUUUGUGAGUUUUAUUUUUAAGGUGGUAUCCCCAUCAUUGAUCAUUUGUACCGUUAGCCGCUUGGUCUUUAUUAAUUUAAAACUGGGAUCUGCUUGAGCUUUCUUGCUAAACCAAUAGUCCAAGAGUGAAAAUGAUUUCACUUAAUAUUUAGCAGAGUAUUUUGGGAAAGUGGAUUGCUGCUGCACCAUGUGGUCUUUUUAAAUUCCUAGAACUGUAUGUGUUAUUUCAGUGUCCUGCAACAAUACAACUGUGGAGCAGAUGGCCAUUAGCAAAACUCAAAUUCAAAAUAAACUUGUUGUCAUAUAAUGUUUCUUUUGCUAGUGCUUACACUUGCCUAUGUUGUUACAUGGAUGUUCAAUGGCAAUUCUUGUGAUGUUCCAGUUGGCCUUCUUGUUGGAUCAUCUGCAGUGUGUCAAUCCACACAAAGAAAAAAGAAAACUUACUUAAUAUUAUUUGCAACAAUUGUUUUGGGAAUGUCAUGUUUGAGAGCUUGGUUCUGGAAUUUAGCCCCUGUUCAACGACCAUGCUGUAGUUCCAGUUGACGAUGUUUCACUAGUGAAUGCUGUAGACUUCUGUUUUCUUUCAUUAGUAAAACAUUAUCUUAUCAGGUUUAUUGUUGAACAGUUUGUGCUGCAGCAUUAACAAUAGUUAUGGGAAUAAGAUACAUGAAAACAAGAAAGGUAGUGCCAGCUGGAAUAAUU